AUGGCGACAACGCAGCCCGCGGCUCCGCAUCAGCCUCCGUGCUUGUUACCGUGGCAACGACCUGAGAUGCUGGAUGCGACCACCGAGGGACCUAAACUACAAGCUGUGAACCCACAUUUGCAGAAUGCCCUGGGCAAUGGACCCCGCCCAUUCCAACCCACCCCACUUCACUCCCCAAAAAAGGAGAAGGGGCGAACUGGACUCCAGGCCAGGUUCACCUCCACCAGGCCAUCCAGGGAGCGGCCACUUCCUGAGCCGCACCCGGAACCUCGCCGCGGCCCUGUGGGUUCCGGGGAGGAACGAUUCCGGGAGCGGACCGCUUCCUGCUGGGUCGGAGAGGAAAGAGCCAGGGCGGCGGGGCCCCGAGCAAGCUCAGCGGCCGGUGCAGCUUUCGAGUGUGGCCGAGGGCCUUUUUCAUGGUGCACGGACGGGAAGCCAAUGCGCAGGUGUGCCAACAUUCGACCAGGAGAGACGGUGAUGGAUGUGACCAGCCGCUGCACCCUGGGAGACCCCAAUAAGCUGCCCGAAGGGGUUCCCCAGCCUGCCCGUAUGCCCUACAUCUCAGACAAGCACCCACGGCAGACCCUGGAGGUGAUCAACUUGCUGCGCAAGCACCGGGAGCUAUGUGAUGUGGUGCUGGUGGUGGGUGCCAAGAAGAUCUACGCGCAUCGUGUCAUCCUGUCAGCCUGCAGCCCCUACUUCCGGGCCAUGUUCACGGGCGAGCUGGCUGAGAGCCGCCAGACCGAGGUGGUGAUCCGUGACAUCGAUGAGCGGGCCAUGGAGCUGCUCAUUGACUUCGCUUACACCUCACAGAUCACGGUGGAAGAGGGCAACGUGCAGACGCUGCUGCCUGCUGCCUGCCUGUUGCAGCUGGCCGAGAUCCAGGAGGCCUGUUGUGAGUUCCUCAAGCGCCAGCUCGACCCAUCCAACUGCCUGGGCAUCCGUGCCUUUGCCGACACGCACUCCUGCCAUGAGCUGCUGCGCAUUGCGGACAAGUUCACGCAGCACAAGUUCCAGGAGGUGAUGGAGAGCGAAGAGUUCAUGUUGCUUCCAGCCAAUCAGCUUAUCGACAUAAUUUCCAGUGAUGAGCUCAAUGUCCGUAGUGAAGAGCAGGUGUUCAACGCAGUGAUGGCUUGGGUCAAGUAUAGUAUCCAAGAGCGGCGUCCUCAGCUUCCCCAGGUACUGCAGCAUGUACGCUUACCUCUUCUGAGCCCCAAGUUCCUGGUGGGCACAGUGGGCUCGGACCCUCUGAUCAAAAGUGACGAGGAGUGCAGAGACUUGGUGGAUGAGGCUAAGAAUUAUCUUCUGUUGCCUCAAGAGCGACCACUGAUGCAGGGCCCCAGAACGAGGCCUCGGAAGCCCAUCCGCUGUGGGGAGGUCCUGUUUGCAGUUGGAGGCUGGUGCAGUGGGGAUGCCAUUUCCAGCGUGGAGAGAUACGACCCACAGACCAAUGAGUGGCGGAUGGUCGCAUCCAUGAGCAAAAGGCGCUGUGGUGUGGGUGUCAGCGUCCUCGAUGACCUGUUGUAUGCGGUGGGAGGCCAUGACGGCUCCUCUUACCUCAACAGUGUGGAAAGGUACGAUCCUAAAACCAACCAAUGGAGCAGCGACGUGGCCCCCACCAGCACCUGUAGGACCAGUGUGGGUGUGGCAGUGCUGGGGGGCUUCCUCUAUGCUGUAGGGGGCCAAGACGGCGUGUCUUGCCUCAACAUUGUGGAAAGGUAUGACCCCAAGGAGAACAAAUGGACGCGUGUGGCCUCCAUGAGCACCCGUAGGCUCGGCGUAGCUGUUGCUGUGCUGGGGGGGUUCCUGUACGCCGUGGGCGGCUCUGAUGGAACAUCACCUCUCAAUACAGUGGAACGGUACAAUCCUCAGGAGAACAGGUGGCACACCAUUGCCCCCAUGGGCACCCGCCGCAAGCACCUGGGCUGUGCUGUCUACCAGGACAUGAUCUAUGCCGUGGGCGGGCGGGAUGAUGCCACAGAGCUCAGCAGCGCUGAGCGCUACAACCCCAGAGCCAACCAGUGGGCUCCAGUGGUGGCCAUGACAUCACGCCGCAGUGGGGUUGGCCUGGCAGUAGUAAACGGACAGCUCAUGGCUGUGGGGGGCUUUGAUGGUACCACGUACUUGAAGACCAUUGAAGUUUUUGAUCCUGAUGCCAACACAUGGAGGCUGUACGGCGGGAUGAAUUACCGGCGCCUGGGGGGUGGCGUCGGCGUCAUCAAAAUGACACACUGCGAGUCACACAUCUGGUGAUCACACAGCCAAGCUCCGUGCAUGGACUUGGGGCUGCCUUCACUCCGGAGCUUGUGCAUUGGGACAAACCUUCGAGCCGAUGUUAUUCGCUGCUGGUGCCUCAACGUUCAGGAAGGGAAAUGUAAUGGAAACCCACUCCCUGCUGGAUGCCGCCUCUCUCUCUGCACAUUCCAGUCCAGUUCUGUGUAGAAGAGUAUUUAUUUUCAGUUUUAAUUUAUCAUAUUUUUUUAAACUUUGCCUUUCAUCUACCAAAAAAAAAAAGAAAUAGGAAGGAAAAUAAAAAACAAGCAAACAAACAAAAAUACCCAAGUAGUAAAACAAUAUUUUGAAAUAUUGUAAAGUUUGCAAGGCUGGGAAUAGUCAAGUAGUUACGUUCAGGCACUUCACCCUUCUUUCCUCUCUGCCACCGUGGGCAAGCCAUGUAGAGUGAGGUUGCUCCCCCAGCAUUCAUGCAGGAAGGACCAGAAUGUUUUUUGAACAUCCAAAAAACAGACAAGUCAGACAAAAGGAAGCUUCUCAUUUUUAAAGUUUGAUCCAACACAAAAGAAAUAUUAAGUCACUAAAACCAGGUCAAGCACUCACGUGUUCAUCAGUGGAAAUUUCCAUCUUGUUUCCUGCCAUACAAGCUGGUUUCCCUUUCUCUGUUUUUAUUCCCUUUCCUGAGUACCAUUCUCAUAGAGUGUCUGCUGAACCCAGCACCACAUGACACUCGUAGACUGACUGUGGAUCCCUCUGAGGAGGUCAGUGCAGCUCUGCAUGGGCAUUUGCUAUGGGACAUGAGUGUCCAUAGUGACAGGCCUUCCCAUCACCUGUCUCUGUAGCAUAUAAGCUCAGCCAGGCCAUGAGUCCUUCAGCUCCUGUCCAGGGGGAAGCUCUGGGCAGUGCCAACCUGGUUCUGGCUCUCACAUGAAACUUUGUGGCAAAAAAAUAUCAGAGUUUGUAAGGAAAGAAAUUUUAGUGGCUAAAGUUUCUUUCUUUUUAUUUUGUUGGUCAUUGUGUUCAAAGGCCAGUGAUUUUUUUAAAAUAUAUUUUACAAGAAUCCCUUUGAAUAAGACUCUAGCCACAGCAAAAGGAAUAAUCUUUUUCACUCUGCCCCACUACAAAAAUGUUUAACUACUUUUGUGUUUACAUUAAUGGUCAUUUGCACCUUCACAAAAAAAAGAAAAAGAAAAUGAGUAUUUGGUAAUAAUUGUUUACAUGUACCAUUUAUGCUUUUUUCUAGCAUGUAUAACUUUUUUAAAUAAAGGUAGUAUUUAACAUUAAAAAGGAAAAA